AUGACUGCCGUGCGGUGUGACUUCAAUUCAAACGCUUCGGUCGCUGUAUUAAGAGCAACUUGGCGAAAGCGCUUCCUAAAUUACCUGAAAGAUAUUAAAGAGCACGAUGUGGAUGAAGAACGACGUGGAGUUGCCUCAGAUCUAAUCUCAAAGGUUCCGUCCCUAACAGGAGUGUGGGUGUCGUCCUCGCAUAAUUUUUGUGGGUUCAUGUAUCUUAUUGCAUCGCUGAGGGGAGGUACCAUCCCUCAACUCAGCCGUCCUGGUACAAAAAAAAAAAGAUAG